AUGGCUUCGAAAUUUGUUGAGUUGACCGUUGGAAUCGCGUAUCCUAGCGAAUUUUAUCGUGAAAAGGCCUGCUGUCUCCGGAAGGCUGCCAAGUAUCAUGCUCUCCAGAAGAUACACGCUUCUCUCCCUGCCAAGACGGCUCAACCUGGUGGCCAGCUCCGGCUUAGAUUAUUCCAAGUCAAAGUGCCGUUGCAGCCCUCAAACGGGGUGUUCCUGUCUGUUCAAGCAGAGGUCAUCAAUCACAGGCAGAAGAAUGAAAGAAAAUAUGUCUUACCUCACGGCCUCCUAUCGAACACAAUCACGACUCGAGGCCGGGCGAAAGGAUUGGAUACCUCGCUCAUCGAUGGCGUGCGCGAGGCAACGCGAGUAGAGAACAGCUGCCAAGAAGUCAAUGAACAAUGGAUCCAGGAAUAUGUCUUACCUUACUCGGACAUGGUCAGCAAUGCAUCAAGCGGGCAGAGCUUGGGGAAGCUCUGCUUGAUGGGCCAUGGGCGACAGCAAGAAACAAUCCUCGGGCCGCUGCACUCUUCAUCUUUCGUGCCUUUCCAUUCCAAGGAUCUUGGUUCAUCGCAACUACCCGUAGGACACUACCUUGAGCUUAGUCUCCCUUCCUCUGCUAAUUCGAGGGAUGUGCACCACAGGGAAUUCAUCUCUCUUCUACCCAGAAAAAUCAUUGGAUUGUCCCGGUGGACCACAUCCCUGAAACCUCUCCGUGGUCAGGUCAGUGGCCUUCCCCUCAAGGCAGCCGCUCGUUCAUCGUAA